AUGGGCAAGAAAAGCCCAACCAAACCCAAGAUCAACAUCAAAAUAAAAAUGAAGAACAAAGAAUCCAAAAUCAGAGACAAGAUAGACGACAUCCUGGCACUGACUCACCAACGAUCUCCCCAGAUACAAGGGUUGUGGUUCGAGAACGAAAGCUACACCGACAUCCCGACCGUGGUGGAGUGUCUGGAAGACGCCCGGCUCGAGCGAACGCCCGAGAGCUAUGCGGAGCUCGUCGAUCUCGUGGCAAGAAGCAUGCCAUCGAAGCGAGAGGGCAAAGACCUGCAUUACGAGCAUUACGCCCUGACUUCGAUGCCUUCCCGCGCCACGGCGGCCUGCCAAGCGGAGUGGAAGACUCUCCUAAACGCCCGCCGAAAUAUGGAACAACAGGAGGAAAUCGUGCAAGAGACCGAGGAGCUGCUCAGCGAGUGGGGCGAGAGGGGCCAGCGACUCUUGCACAUGUAUGCAUAUGUUACCCGGUGUUGGACCAACGGCCUCAAGAAGGCCUUUGAGCAUGGAUACUCGUACGAGGAGUGUGUCAUUCGCCUGAAUCGCGCCGUGCUCUCUCGUCAACGAAAGUCCGAAGCAGUAGGGAAGCGCCGCCAUCCGAGAGUCAUGCCGGGUGAUGCCUGGACCGCGAGUAAAGGCGGCAAAAGCCCGGCGCCGGUCACGACGCAGGAUCUCGACGACUUCGGGCUGAUCAUCAAUGAUCUGGGGCUAGUCGAGUCGAGACGCCAGUAUGAGAGGGCCCAGCCUGCUGCUGCUCAAGGUGGUGUGGACCAGUCUGCGGACCAGGUCUCUCGCCCGGCUGACGUCGAUGACGAUGAUGAUAAUGGGCAUGAUUAUCGCUCGCGCAAGCGCCGUCGACUUUAA